AUGCAAUUCUACAAAUUAAAGAGAAUGAACAAAUUUUUAUUGAACUAUUACUUCGUUUUAAAAGUAAAUAGAUAUUCAAUUUGCUAUUUCUUAAUUCAUUUUUAAGAUUACGGAAAUUUUUAAUUAAAAUUUUAUAGAAAACAAUGCGAUUUUUAUUUGUACAAUCCGAGUUUCCAAAUAUUUGAAAGAAAAAUCCAAUUUAAUUUAUAAAAUUUAUGUUUAAGAAUGCAAUCUGCCUAUUAUUUAAUCUCAUUGCUAGAGAUCUCAUUAUAGGUGAGUAAUUGAUUACAAAUUUCUAUUAAAAAAUUAUUUUUUUAUGUCUUAGAAAAUGCCAUUUUCCAAAGUUUUUGCUCUCUCUUAAAGGGGAGAGUAAGUAAUAAAUAUAAAGUUUUAAAGAAUAUUAAAAAGUGAUCAAUAUUUCAUUUUUAUAUAAAAAUGCUAAAAAGUCCUUUGGUUUUUGUAUUUAAUAUCUUGGAAUCCCAGCACAGCUUAUACAGAACAAUCCUUUAUGACCACAUCAAAGAUAUCUUUGCCCAGGAUAAUCAGCCAAUCAUUUUCCUUCCAGUUCGCAAUCCUGCAACAACAAAUCUAGUCCAGAGGGCAGGAUACAUUCAUUCAAGGCUCUCAGACCUUAAAAAACCUCACGUCGUAGCAUUUUCAGUGGCUGGGCUAGACUGCAGACAUGCAAUGUGCAAAUUUGGGACAAAAAUUGAGAGUCUCACCACAAUCAGUCAAUUAACCUAAUUUAGCAAACUUCUAAUUGGGCCUCUAGCUGCUCUUGUGGGUGAGAUGUCUAAUUACCUUUUUAUCAGUCCGGCUCGUUUCUUCUAGUCCCCGUGAAGCCUAGAAGUACGAGAAAUACUAAUGGUAUGGCGCGUUGCCUCGCUCUAUCCUUUACUCCUCCAGCUAAGGAUCCUGCCAUUUUAAUCAGCAGUGAAAAGAGGUAAAACACAUGCAGAAGGCGAGCGGAGAAUAAAACCCUCUCCAUUUUCUGCUCUUGUGCAAAAAUCCACGUGUAAAAACCUAACCUAUAAUAAAAGUUGGGCGAGGGAAAAAUUCGCUGUGUGAAUAACCUUUUUAUCCGAAGCCAUUUAUUAUUAUAUAUCUCACCACAAUCAGUUCUCCUCAUCAUGGAAGCAGAUUUUCUGAUUGGACUCACACGCCUCAAUAUGAAGAAGGACGUGUAGACCCAGUUGUGAGAUUUCUAGGGAUCACUAAAAGAGCUUUAGAUGAAAUCGACACGAAAAGCAUAAGAAGGCUCAAUGCUUCAUUGCCUCCAAGAGAUGAUGUAAAGCAAUAUUCCAUUUCUUCAUGGAGACCAUCUCAAACAAUGACAUUCGCGCUUUCAGACUUAGGGAAAAAGUUAGAAGAUUACGUCCCGUUCCAUAAGAGGACAUGUGAUGGGGUGUUCUUUAGCUAUGAAGCAGAAUGGGGAGACCAUUUAGCAACAUUUGAUAUGGACCACACAGAGCUUAUUGGGAGCAACCUAAUCAACAACUGUGCACCAGUUUAUAGGCUGGUUUUAGACAACUUGGUAAGGCAUGAAAAGGUUAAGGCAAAUUUAGCACUUUAG